AUGGCUGGAGAUGCCCCACACCCCUCCGGGGCGCGCCCGCGGCUUGUAGCGCUCGCCUGCCUGCUCCUGAGUUGCCGCGCGCUGCAGGGUCAGGUACCUUUGCAUGGAAACGAGCUCCACCCGGCGCUCUACCUGCCUGCCUGGGGAGCACUUGAUGACAGCGACACCGCGGGUCCCGGCGUCCUGAUUGCCAACCCCGGGCUCCGGGUGCCCCUGGGCCGCUCGCUUUGGCUCGACCCGCUCCGGGACCUGGUGAUUCGCGUGCAGCCUGGAGACCGAUGCGAGGUGAUGGUGCUGGACGUGCAGCCCCUGCACCGCGGCGCGCUCAGCCCCCGCCGCUUCCCCUGCGCUUUCGGGGCGCGUCAGGUGCGCUACACACACUUUGGCUCGCGCAGCCCCCCGCGCGCCCGGGUACGGCUCCAGCUGCGCUACGAAGCCCCAGCCAAGACGCUGUUGCUGCCCUUUACCUUGAUGGUGGACGUGGUCUUCUCCCGGCUGGAGCUGGUGACGCGUAACAGGCCGUUGACCGUGUUAAAACUGCGGGGUUGGAGCCAGGCCAUCGACCGGAGCGUGCUGGGCUUCCCUUCCCCGGAGUCCUGGGGCGCGGCCACCCGCACGUGCCGGCUCACCGUCCUUCCUCUAGAGGGCGGCCCACAGCCCAAGUACGGGCGCCUGGUGGACGCUGUGGGGGUCCCCCUCCCCAGGGGAAAGCUGGUGGACUGUGAUGCUUUUAUCCGAGCUGGAGUGCGAUACCAGCACAUGGCCACCACCUCCUCGCCCAACAGGGACUACGUGCCCAUGAUGGUGGAGCUGCUGCGGCCACAGGGAGGAGACACGGGGUCAGUGGAGGUGCUGGGCCGUGAGCACUUCGAGCUGCUAGUGAGAAUCCAGAGAGGAGCCCCGAACGCUGUGCCCAGGCCCAGCCUCCUGGCCACGAGGAUGCUGGAGGUCAAUCAAAUGGUGUUGACUGCCCUGACCCCUGAUACCCUGGCCGCGGAGGACGAUGAGUCUGGCCCUGAGGAGCUGGUGUUCAGCAUUCUUAAUGUUCCCGCAGUCCACCCAGGGCACUGGGGACAGUUUGGUUACGUGGUCAGCACCGAUGAUCCCUUGGGCCCUCCAGUGUCCUUCUUCACCCAGAAAGAGCUGCAGGAGCUCAGAAUUGCUUAUCAGCCCCCUAGGGAGAGCUCUGCAGAGGACCUCGUCUUCCAUCUGGAACUGGAGGUGACAGAUGGCAAUGGCGCCACCUCAGAUCCUUUUGUAUUCACGGUGGUAGUGAAGCCCGUGAAUGCCCUGGCUCUGGUGGCUAGCUAUGCCACACGACUACUGCUUUUUGAGGGUCAGUUCAGGCCUCUGUCCAGUGUUCAUAACCUUCAGAUCAAUGACAAAGAAAACCUAGAGGAUGUGAAAAUUACUGCGGUCAAGGGCUUGAGACAUGGGCAGCUGGUGGUUCUUGGGGCACCUACUGGGUGCAAGUAUUUCUCAGCAGGGGACCUGGCAACAGGGCGAGUGGUGUACUAUCAUGAUGGCAGCGACACCUACAGUGACAACAUUGUCUUUCAGGUGGAGGAUGGGCACCACCUUGUGGAGUACCUCCUCCCCCUCACCGUCAUACCUGUGGAUGAUGAACCUCCAAUAAUCACUGCCAACACAGGACUCACACUGACUGCAGGGCAGGUGGUCCGCAUCUCCCCCUUUGUCCUGAGUGCUACAGAUAUUGAUUCUGAGGAUUCCACCAUCCUCUUUGUGUUAGAGGAUCAAUCCCUAGAGAGAAAUGAGAGUGAGUGGGAAAUGGCCUCUGGUUCCUGCCACUCUAGCCAGCGUCUGGGGGAGAUGUUGCUACGGCAGGUUGAACCACCCCAGGCCCUUCUAAACAGUGACUGGCGUUAUACAGAAAAGGAAGGGUUGUAUGAGAUGGUGGUGACUGAGUGGCUGCAGAGAGACAUCAUGGAAGGAAGACUUUUCUACCGCCACGUUGGCCCACACAGCCCUCAGUGUGUAAUGGCCCACCUGGCCUUCCAUGUGGAAGAUGACCAUGACCCACCCAAUCUGUCCAACCAGCACUUUUUCACCAUCCAGGUCAAGCCAGUGGAUAUGCUGAGUCCAGAGUUACAUCCAGGAACUACUCUACAGAUGACUGUGCAAGGGUAUCAGCUCACACACUUCCAGAAGAAAUUCCUCCAAUAUGUUGACCAGAACUCAGAUGACCAGAACCUGUGGUACACCCUACUGACACCCCCAAUGGACACAGAUAGCAACCACCAAGUACAGGCCGGAGAAAUUGUCCUUACUGAUUCACCAGACAUACCCAUCAUGUACUUCACCCAAGCCCAGAUAAAUCACCAGAAGAUUGCUUACCAGCUCCCCGACAGAAAACUGGGUAUUAUACCUCGGGUUGUACAGUUCACCUACCAGGUGGAGGACACUGCAGGAAAUAGUGUGCCAGGAACAUUCACAAUUUUCCUGCAGCCUGUGGACGACCAGUCUCCAGAAGUCACCAACAAAGGCUUUACUGUCUCAGAGGGAGACAGGUUUAUCCUCAGCAGUAAUGAGCUAGAUGUUACAGACCAUGACACAGACAUUGAUAAAAUUGUCUUCAUAUUAAUCAGGGGUCCCCAACAUGGUCACUUACAACACUUUAAAAAACAUAUGAUUCCAGGGGAAUCUUUCACGAGAGCUGAUAUUAUUAACGGGAGUGUCUCUUACCAUCACAGCAGAGACCAGUCCACCAGUGAUGUCUUUCUUCUGGAGGUAAGUGAUGGAGUACACCAUAUACCCAUCACUGUCAGGAUUUCGGUGCAUCCCACUAUGGCAGACAAAAGUCCCAGGAUCUCUAUCAAAGACAGUCAAUCAUUGGAUAUUUUCAUAGAUACACUAGAGAACAGUGCCACUGAAGUUACUAUGGGUGUUUUUCACAGCAGGAAGGACAUAAAUGACUUGAUGUUGUCUUUCAUUGUGGAAAACAGCCCCAAAUUGGGCACUGUCCUGGUGAAUGGUUUGCCCACAGAACGAUUCACCCAAGGAGACCUCCUCAGUGGGGUAGUAACCUAUGUCCACACUGGAGGGAAAGUUGGUUUCCAAAAGCAGCAUGAUUCUUUCAGUCUCAUCCUCUUGGAGGAUUCUUAUUCCUGGGUAGUGGGAGACUGCAAAAUGAAGAAGAUUCAUGUGCAAGUGACUGUGUUGCCAGUGGACAGUGCAGCCCCCAAGGUCACAGUGGGGGAGUCCUUCAUUGUCUACGAAGGUGAGAAGAGCCCCUUGACCUUGAGACAUCUCAACAUUGAAGAUGCAGACACUCCUCAGGAUGAAAUCCUAUGUACAAUGGUUGUGCAGCCAGCCUCUGGCUACCUGGAGAACAUUGUUCCAGCUCCUGAUUCAGAAGUUUCACAGGCUGGUAAUGCCAUCAGUGCCUUUUACAUCAAGGAUUUGCAAGAGGGACAUAUCAAUUAUGUACAGAGUAUCCACAGAGCAGUAGAACCACAAGGGGAUCAAUUCAAAUUUCAUUGCUCUGAUGGCAUCAAUUUCUCCCCACAUAUCUUCUUCCCUAUCAUCAUCUUACCCACCAAUGAUGAGCAGCCUGAGCUUUUUGUCCAUGAGUUUCUGGUAUUAGAAGGGAUGAGCCUGGUCAUAGACACCCCACUGCUCAGUGGAGCAGAUGCUGACCUACCACCAAAUAAGCUUCGAUUUCAACUCACAGUCCUCCCUCUCCAUGGACGAAUCAUACAGCAGCUGGCCACAGGUAACCAGCCCAUCCGCAGCUUUACCUUAUAUGAGAUCCAGGAGGCGUCCACCAUUGUGUAUGAGCACGAUGACUCUGAGACCACAGAAGACAGUUUUGAGAUCUGGCUGAGUGAUAGCAAACACACCACCCACACAAAAGUACCCAUCGUGGUGAUCCCUGUGAAUGAUGAAGUCCCUCAGCUGAGCAUCAACCGUGGGCUGAGUAUAGAGACUGGACACUCUAAAGUCAUCACAAAUCAGGUCCUUAAAGCCAUAGAUCUUGAUUCAGAUGGUAAGAGCCUCAGCUUUAUCCUCCAUUCUGAGCCUCAACAAGGGCUUCUACAGCAAAUGACAGAACCUGAAGGAGAAAUAAAGAGCAAUCUCACUUCGGGAAUGAAUUUUACCCAGGAUGAAAUUGACAGAGGCCUCAUCUCUUAUACUCACACAGGCCAAGAAGAGGUUGUUGAUCUUAUCAAGUUUGAUGUAACUGAUGGGGUUAAUCUUAUAACAGGAUGCUACUUCUAUAUUACUAUUGGCAACUUAAAUAGGGUCUUCCCUGGGGUAGUCACUAAAAGGAUCACCUUGAUGAAAGGGGACAGAGCGACCCUCACCACUGAACUGCUUAACGCAAGUGACAUUCACAGUCCUAGUGAACAACUUCACUUCAGCAUUACACAGGCUCCUAGCCAGGGCCACUUGGAAUGUUCUGACCAGCCUGGGGAGUCUAUAGCCUCUUUCACUGAGCUUCAACUGGCUAGCAACAAAAUAUCCUAUGUCCAUAUUUCAAAUGAUGAGAUAAAGAGAGAUAGGUUUGAGUUCACAGCCACUGGUGGUCAUAGCUCUGUUUUCAGUACAUUCAGGAUCUUCAUCAUGGUUAGAGGCAGCAGGAAACCUAUCUUGACCAUCCAUGAACUAACUCUGCAGGGAGGGGAGAGCAAACUGGUCACUUCUUUAGAGUUGACAGGAAGAUGAGUGGAAGAUGAGGAUACACCAGAUGAUUUUAUUCUCUUUACAAUCACUCAAGUCCCAGUCCAUGGAAAGAUUUUAUAUAACAGUAGCCAUUCUGUGACUACUUUCACCAAACAAGAUCUCAAUGAAAAUCUGAUUAGCUACCAACAUGAUGGCACCGAGACCACUGAAGACAGCUUCUCCUUGACUGUGACAGAUGGCACUGGUGUUGAUUUCUACGUCUUCCUGGACACUGUCCUGGAGACCCACACACCUCAGGUAAUGAAGAUCCAGAUAAUCUCUUCUGAUGACAGGGCUCCCCACAUUGUGGUUAACAGAGGUGCCCCAGCUAUUGCCUGGAGCUAUGAGCACCUUUCCAAUGGACACAUAGGCUUCCUCAUCACCAGUAAGGCUCUGAAGGCAGGAGAUCAAGACAGUCUUCACAGGCUCCUGAAGUAUAAAGUGACCAGGGGGCCGGAGCAUGGCUUCCUUAUCAACACCGCCCUUGAAGAUGAGCGCAUUCGAAUGUUUACACAAGCUGACAUUGAUGAAAGGCGGAUCUGCUAUGUUUUGAAGCAGGGCAGCAGAGCAACGAAGGACAUCUUCUAUUUCUCUGUUGAAGACAGUGGAGGAAAUAAAUUAACAAAUCAGACUUUCCUUCUAAACUGGGCUUGGAUUUCCUUGGAGAGGGAGUACUACAUUGUGGAUGAAGACUCCAAGUUCUUAGCGGUGCUCCUAACACGCAGAGGACACCUUGAAGGAACAUCCUUCAUCAGCAUUGGGACCAAAGAUGAAACUGCAAAAAAAGGUAAAGAUUUUAAGGCAAAGGCCUUUCAACAAAUCAAAUUCAACCCUGGACAGACCACAGCCACGUGGAAAGUGAGAAUUAUACCUGACAAUGAGUACGAAGCCUCGGAAACUUUCCAGAUCAUUCUAUCAGAACCUGACAUGGCUGCACUGGAAUUUCCAGAAAUGGCAACAGUUGAAAUUGUGGAUCCUGGAGAUGAAUCAACAGUUUAUAUUCCAGAGACAGAGUACAAAAUAGAAGAGAAUGUUGGAGAGCUUUUGAUUCCUGUAAGACGGUCUGGAGACCCAAGCCAGGAACUAACAGUCAUCUGCUCAACACAACACGGUUCUGCCACAGGCACGAUUCCUGCCACAGUGACAUCUUUCUCUGACUAUGUCUCACGACCAGAAGAUCACACCAGCAUCCUUCACUUUGACAAGCAUGAAACUGAAAAGACCUGCCGGGUCCUCAUCAUUGACGAUUCCUUUUAUGAGGAGGAGGAAUCUUUUCAUGUUUCCCUGAGCCUACCAGCAGGAGGGCGGCUGGGACCCAAAUUCCCCACCACCAAGGUGAUCAUCCUGGCUGAUCAUGAGGAUGAGCCUACUCUGCACUUCAGAGACAUGGAGUAUCACGUUGAGGAAAGCGUUGGCUACCUGGAGGUGUAUGUCUGGAGAAGAGGCGCUGACCUUUCCCAAGCAUCAUCCGUUACUGUGCGCUCCAGAAAGGCAGAACAGACUCCAGCAGAAGCUGGAAGAGAUUACAUUGGCAUCAGCAGAAAACUGGACUUUGCCCCAGGUGUGCACAUGCCGACGGUCCAAGUGAUCAUCCUUGAAGACCAGGAACAGCCCAUCCUGGAGGGCCCGGAGAGGUUUGAAUUACUUCUCCAGAUGCCUGUAGGUGCAGUGCUUGGAGAACCAAGGAGAACCACUGUUAUCAUCCACGAUACCACCACUGACUGAAAGGAGAGUGCUUCUAGUUCCUUGGAGUGAGAGAACUAAGAGAGAAACAAGCAACCAAAAUGUGUCUCUUAACUCUACUAUUUCUAGAGCUCAGUAACUCUGGGAAGGCAAUGAAAGUGCAUUCAUUGUCUUUGGUGUGAUAUUCUGGUGAUAUGUGCAAAUGUCAUUUAUGUAACUGCAUGGAUUUAGAAAUAUAUACAUAUACAAUGAAAGGAUUGAGCCUGUAAAAAGUGGAACCAUAUUCUUGUUAUCCUUUUUUACUUUCUUUUACUUUGUUUCUAAGGCCAGUGAAACCCACUGUCAUUAAUUAAAUCUAUAGCUGAAAACAAAAGUGAUGCUUACUCUUCACUGAUUGAUGGGAGACAUAAAGCUUCUUACACACAAACAUGAGCACACGCACAGAGGUCAAUUCUGUUUUGGUUUUUGGGUCAUUUAAUGAGACUGCCCUUAUUGAAAUGUACAGAAAGGUGCAAGCUCUAUUUUGCCAAUUAUUCAAUUUCCCUCCACAAGCUUUUUCCCCCUUCUUUAGUUUUUUCACCCUUUGGGAAAAAGCAUAACAAACUGUAAAGUGAUAAAACACAAAUAGCAAAAAUGAGAAACAAAAGUCGAAGAUUUGCAUAGUUUCCAAAGUGCCCAGUUGGUUCUUAACUAGCUUUUAAUACACAAUAUUUAUACCAAUUUGUAUCACGUAAAUAUUACUAAUGUAACAUAAAUGAAGGCUCACAAAUUAUA